GCAAACGUCGUCGUUGCAAGGUUGCACUCCGGUCUCGUCUCUUUCUCGCCGUCGUGUCUUUUAGGUGAACUCUCUCUCUCUCUCUCUAGCUAGCUUACGCGUCUCUGUCCCGUGCUUUCCUCUAAGCUCCAGCGUGAGAUAAGGAAUGGAUUCAGGUGCAUGGGAAAUCAUACAUAUACCUGAUAAGCCUGCAUUCUCUCCUGAGCAUCAGCCCACUUUGAAGGUGUAUGCCAGUGUAAUCAAACCCAAGUUUGCCAAUACCAUUGUGAGGCAGUUAUGUAAGAUUGCUCCUCUGGAAGAUCUUCGUCAUGUUAAAAGGGUGCGGAGGAAGAUUCUUCCGGAUAAUGGGGAACCUCAGUUGACUGUCAUCUUAUGUCUAGCACCUGAGCAAAACGAUCAUUUGAAUGAUAUGCCACCUGAUGUGCAGAAACUCGUCGGUCCCUAUGAGUUGAGUCCUUUUACUACGGAAGUAUGCAAAUAUGCUGCGGUGUCUAAAGAGGAGUGGGAAGAACAAUGUAAGAUAUGGCCAACUUCAUUUCAUCCUCCAACCUACAAUAUAGAUGGCAUAGGUGGAUUCAGUGAGGAGGACAAACAAUCAAUCUGCAAGUUCAUGAGUGUUGCCAUUAACUUGGCAGUAUCUAGUCAUAAGCCACUUGUAAAUGCUGCAGUGAUAGUUGAUCCUUCAGUUAAGCGGGUAAUAGCUAGUGAAACUGAUCAAGUAUAUCCAUCAUCUGCUCCUUGCGACAUGACUACCUCAGAGACCAUUCCCUUCAAUGAAACAGGGGAAUCUACUCACUGUCAGAGUGUCAACAGAGAGGCUAACGCUAGUUCGGAGAUAUGCUUAAGCGGUGUACUUGAAAAACUGAAUGGUUCAUCGCAUGCUGUUGCUUGUCUGAAUCCUUGGCAGUGGAGUUUGCAGCCACAUGAUGGUGACAAGUGUAGCCAAUGGCACCCUCUAAGGCAUGCUUCCAUAGUUGCCAUUGAAUCUUCUGCUGCAAGAGAUAGGUAUCUGUUUCCCAAUUCAUCCGAGAGUUUUGGUAUGGAUCAUUCGCAACCUUCAAGUGCUGAUUCUCCAGCUAAGAAGCAGAAGACAAGCAUUAACAGUCCAGGCGUCCAAAAUGACAGCAGGGAAGCAGCUCUUAGAGAUCCUUCAAUGGAAAAGCCCUACCUCUGCACUGGUUAUGACAUUUUCUUGCUUUGGGAGCCUUGUACAAUGUGUGCUAUGGCGCUUGUGCAUCAAAGAAUAAAACGAAUAUUCUAUGCUUUUCCAAACCCCACGGCAGGCGGUCUCGGGAGUGUUUAUAGGCUUCAAGGAGAAAAGAGUUUAAAUCACCAUUAUGCAGUGUUCAGAGUUUUGCUUCCUGGUCAUGGUCAUGCCCAUAAUGCACUAGAUCUAGAUCAAGGUCUGAAACAUGUUACAGCCGAGUCAUAAUUGUAUUACAAUUUACAAGUUCUAAACUAGGAAACUGAUUCUCUUUCCAAGAACUCCAAGAAUCGGAAGUCUUUACUGAUUUAUUUAUAUAAACCAAAAUAAAUCUUAAUCACAAACUUCUUA